AUGCAUAUUCAACUGUGGCUUUGCCUCUUCUGGUUAAUUCCAUGGAAUAUUUUUGUUGCGGCUGGUAUUAAAACGUCUACAAAUUUGACGGAUGUUCGUCGGGAACAUCGAAGCCGGCGUGGUUUGAUUUUUACUAAUGGCGGGACAAUAAAGCUCUCCAUUGGUCCUGCAAUGCCAGUAACUUUAGCGGAUCCUAUAUCAUUCCGUUCACUGGUAUGUUCGUACAAUUUACAAGGAGGCCACUACACAAUACCCACCGAGCCACUGUAUCCCUGGGACAAAUGGGAAGACACCUUUGCCAGAUCUUUGAAGGACAUCAAAAAUAAAUUCGAACGUUAUGGUGAAUACGAGGAUGGAUCAAGGGAAUUCGUUUACACGCUUCUGGAGACCUAUAUAAGUCGUAACAAUGCCGAUGGGCGUCAAUGUAUGUUACGAGCCAUCUGUGAAAAUGCCCAAGUUCAUCGACAUGAAGGAGUCUUUGCCGAAAUUCUUAAUAUUGUUCUAACGCCUGGCCAUGAACAUCUCGAUAAAUCAUAUCACAUGGCAUUACAAGCUGGACGCUAUGGUGUUGAUUGCCUACAAAUGUAUAAUUUAUGUCCCAAAGGAAGCACUGUGUUUGGUGGUUUCAAUGUUGACCGUAAUCUUACCGAUUUUAGGCGUCAUCGCGAGAAAAGAGGUUUGAUAUUUGAAAAUGGAGGUGCCAUUAAGCUUGUAAUUGGUCCCAUUAUGCCCGUUCAGCUGGGAGAUCCCAUUGUUUGGCGAUCCCUCAUCUGUUCAUAUAAUAUACAUGUGGGCGAUUAUAAGAUGCCAAGUACACCAAUUUAUCCGUGGGAUAAAUGGGAGAAUAUAUAUGCCAGAUCGAAGGCAUUUAAUGGCAAAUUAGAACCGGACUAUUCAAGAGAGUUAUUGUACGCGGCUCUGGAAGGUUUUAUGAAUAGACCGCAUGGCCAUGGUAGGGAAUGUCUUUUACGGUCGAUUUGUGAAAAUGCUCAAAUUGAUCAACAUAUGGAUUUUUUUGGUGAAAUAUUAAAUGUGAUAUUGACACCCGGCAAAGAAGACUUAGAUGAUGAUUAUCGCAGUGCCUAUGAGAUGGGUCGAAAUGGUGUUAAUUGUCUAAAGUAUUAUAUAAAUUGUCCCAAAGGAGCAAAUAUUUUUGAUCAGUUUAUUCAAGAGAGUUAA